GGGCAAUAAGAUGUAUCAUAGAGAAAAAGAAAUCCAUCUCAAGCAAGUUUACAUUAGCUUCAUCUACUCCAUCGAUGUUUUUUGUGUUGAUAGUGUUUUCUUGAGCCACAAAGGAGAAACCAACAACAAUCUAUCCUUAUCUAAAAGGAAAAGAAAUUACAGGCAUGUUUUGCCGCCCAAAAGUGUCAAUGUCAAUUGUUACUGAUUUACUCGGUCAAGUUUCCUAUUGGGCAGAAUGGAGGUGGGAUUUUUUAGGGUCUCUAUUGAAUGAAAAGGGUGGUGGCCACUGUUGCUUAAAUUCAGACUGCUUAUUCUGCAUGCUUCAAUUUGAUUGGCUGGGAUGGGUUGGCAAACAGUGCGCGGUAUGUUCCUGCCUGAGCAGGGAUGGGUGGUCAACAGUGGAUGGUAUGAUGGAUGUCAUGAAGUUGCACCAGGAUGAAAAAGGAAAAUGUCUGUCAGAAGAAUACAAGGUUGAUGAGCCAUCGAAUUUGAUCCCAACAAAGAGUUUGUUCAAACUUCCAAGUGUGGAUUCCAUAGACGAACUAAGGACUCCAGGUUUUGAGGAGUUAAUAAGGUCAUUUAGGGACGCGAAGUCAUCAAAGCAGCAGCAGCAAAUGGAGAUGUAAAACACGUAGUGGAGAGCCCUCAAAGCUUGAGAGAUCUAAGAGUUCCCCUUGCUGCUAUCAAUUGAAAUGAAUGUUAGGUACAUUGUGUAUAGUAGUAGUAGCAUCAAUUCUUUUGUAAUAUGGUGUUUCUCCUUACAUGUUCUUUUUAAGUUCCUUUUGAUUAUUUUAUCAGCUGAAAUAUGUGAAACGAAUAGUUUAUUUUACUAUAAGCGAUAGUAAGAUGUAGCCUUUGUUAUGUGAGAGAAAAUGAUUACUUAUGAAAAUUGUGUAAAGCUAUUCAGAUUUAGUAUGACUUAAAAGUAAAAGCGAUACAUAUGUCUCGGAACAGUGGUGCCAUUUGUAUUUAUGAAUUGAAAUAUAUGUAUAUAUAUUUGUACUAUCAUGUAAUGCAAUCAAAAAGUUGUGA